ACUGCCAUCAUGGUACUAUUCAACAAAAGUUCCUAUCACCAGGUAGGAGGUUUUGCUUUGUCCACCACAGCAUGGAUUCUUUGCAUCAUCUCCAUGGGCCUCCCGCAAUGGCGAGUGUGGUACUUGAAUGAACCUACGAUCUCUUACCCUAGUGUGGCCUUUGUGGGAGUUUGGAAAGUCUGCAUCUACCACCAUGACAACUCCAGCAAUAUUAGAAUGUGUCACCAAUACAGCUACCAUGACAACUUCAUCCCUUUGGAUAUUCGUGUUUCUCAAUACCUACUACUGAUCACCAGCAUUUUAUGGCUGAUUGGAAAAGUGGCCACCAUUGUUGCUCUUAGAAAUGUGUACAUGGUAAGACAAGAGGAGAAUGUCACCUACAAUGCCUUCAGCACUUCAGCAAUUCUGAACAUCAUUGCCAGUAGCUUCGUCUUCCUUAUUGUCUUGUGCAAUUAUUUUUCCAUUGUAAACAAGGAGGGAAUUGACUUUCCACCAUCUUUCCAUAUACCCUUUAACCCACAUAGUCAGAAAGUUGGAGCUGCCAUGGGAGUGGCAUUUCUAGCGGCCAUUCUGUUUUUGUGCAGUGGUGUGAUUUUUAUUUCUUACAGGUUUCCCUUAAGCAGCAAAGUCUUUCCUAAUAUCUGA